GUCAUUAGGUCAACCACUGUGGUGCAAUGCUUCACAACAAAUGAGUGAGGCUUGUGGUGCUUCUCAACACAACAGGGGAGGACUGAAGCUCACAUUUCCCACAUCCAGCGAAGGCAUCACCACAGUGUGGGCGUGUCUUCACCAUCAUGUCGCCGUAGGAGUUUUUAUCAAAACUUUAAAGUCAAUAUUUAAUUUAUUUGCGCGGUAAGGUAACUGCUCGCAGUUGUAGGACCAUGGUGUGUGAGCGCAGCACAGACUUAGUGACGCCUUCUCGGGGUGGUUUCAUUAUUAGUUGUAUCGUUUUGGUGGUCAUACUCAGCGUAAACUCCCCGGUAUGUGAGUGCGGAGGAAUCAGCUCGGAGAGAUGUCUCAUCUGGGGUCCCGGGCUGAGCCCCGCCGUGGUGCUACCUGUCCGCUACUUCUUCAUCCAGGCAGUCGGUUCCGACGGAGCAAACCUGACUCUGUCUCCAGGUAAAGACACCUUUCAGGUGAAAAUAAGUCCGCUGGACCCGAAGGAGCACAUCCGUAUCCACGUCCCCCCACCUCUGGACCGGGGGGACGGGUCCUUCCUGGUGAGGUACCGUCUCUACGGCACCGUGCUGAAGGGCCUCAGGUUGGAAGUCCUCCACCAAGACGCUGCUGUGGCCAAGUCGCCCUACUCCAUCCGAGGUCCAGUCUACCACGAGUACUGCGACUGUCCAGAGCCCUCGCCUUCCGUCUGGCAGAGCGCCAUGCGGUGUCCCGCAGAGGAAGCUCGGGCCGCCGCAGACUUUGAAGCCUUUCCGAAGAUCGACCUGUGGCGACUCCGAGAGGAAGUGCCUCAGCGCUUCGCCAACAGAGGAGGCCUCAUCCACUACGCCAUCAUCAACAACCAGUUGUACCGCCGCACGCUAGGGAAAUACACCGACUUCAAGAUGUUCUCUGAUGAAAUGCUGCUAUCUCUCACCAGGAAGGUCCGAGUGCCUGACGUCGAGUUCUACAUCAACGUUGGCGACUGGCCGUUGGAGAUGAGGAAGGUGGACGCUGUGCCGGUCUUGUCGUGGUGUGGCUCUGACGACACGCGGGACAUUGUCCUUCCAACCUAUGAGGUCACACACUCCACCCUGGAGACCAUGAGAGGUGUCACCAAUGACCUGCUGUCCGUCCAGGGAAACGCAGGGCCUCCGUGGACCAACAAAACGGACCGGGCAUUCUUCCGCGGCAGGGACAGCAGAGAGGAGCGUCUUUACCUGGUCUCUCUGUCCAAGGCGAACCCCGAGCUGCUGGACGCGGGCAUCACAGGCUGGUUUUUCUUCAGAGACCGGGAGAAACAAGUGGGCAAAGCGCCGCUGGUUGGCUUCUUUGACUUCUUCAAGUACAAGUACCAGGUGAAUGUGGAUGGAACCGUGGCGGCAUAUCGGUUUCCUUACCUCAUGCUGGGAAACAGUCUGGUUCUGAAGCAGGACUCGCCGUAUUAUGAAUAUUUCUACGGCCACCUGAAAGCAGGCACUCACUACCUGUCUGUCCGGAGAAACCUGUCGGACCUUCUGGAAAAAAUCCAAUGGGCCAAAGACCACGACGCCGAAGCACAAAAGAUGGCCAGAGCCGGUCAGACAGCAGUCCGCGAGCUGCUGCAGCCCAGCAGACUGUACUGUUACUACUACACAGUGAUGCACAUGUACUCUGAGCGGCAGGUCGGGCAGCCCACGCGGCACGCCGACAUGGAGCUGGUGCCUCAGCCCGACGACCACUCAGCCAUGUGCACAUGUGAGCGUAGGAUCCCCAAAGGAGAAGCUAGUAAGAAGGAUGAACUAUGAAGGGACCGGCCUUCAGGCUCUACUUAUAUGCCAUUCCGUCUCUGAGGCCUUCAUGGCUCAUAAAGAAAUAAGCUGAACUGAAUGUUCCUGCUCCUCGCAAGAAAAUGUGAAUUUCAGUUUGAAACAAGUAUAACAAUUCUGAUUUGUGCCUUUUAGAUUAGAUAGCACAGCACUUUUGAAUCGUUUAAAUGGUAAUUGAGUGUACUUGUGUUAUGUUAAGUGUAUAAUAACCUGACAGUGAGAACCUUUAUGUUUUCAUUACUUUUUACAAGCCCUUCAGAUCAACUUGGAAAAAAGUGUCCUGUUUACGGAGUCUGCCAUGUUUCUAUGGUAGCCCAGAACGGAUAAACAUGGAGGGGCUACGUUACCUGAGCGCUAACACAAGCAGCCUUCAGACUUCCUAAAGUAGGAGCUUAGCAGGUUCCUCGGGUUCUUCGUUGUCGGCUUUCGUUACCGCCGUCCUGUGAAGCGUGAGCCAAUGGGUUUUCACUUGGUUGGAAUCUGUUGGAUCUGGAUGUCAAUAAAUAAUCCUUCACACUGUCCCUUUAAACUAGGAAUUCCUCUGCCGUGUCAUACCAGCCUGCAAGAAAUUGGUCGGUCUUAACAUAAGAACGCUGCUCUUGUUUUUAUACUGUGUCUCUAGUGUGGCCUGGUCAAUAAUUCAAGAAACCAAAUAUUAAAUUACAUUUUUUGUAAA